ACCUCCUCAAAACGUCCAAGCCCAACCAUAGAAAAGCCAGUUAACUCGUUAGUCUUCUCCUACAUCCGCCAUUGUUGAUUCUCUCUCCUCCGUCGACGCCAUUUUCAAAUCACAGAUAAAAGCUUCGGUGGGAGAAACACAAAGAGAGAACGAUGAGCGGUCACGAUUCCAAGUACUUCUCCACUACGAAGAAGGGAGAAAUCCCUGAACUCAAAGAAGAGCUCAAUUCUCAGUACAAGGAUAAGAGGAAGGAUGCGGUAAAAAAAGUUAUUGCUGCAAUGACCGUAGGCAAGGACGUUUCAUCAUUGUUCACUGACGUUGUGAACUGCAUGCAAACAGAAAAUUUGGAGUUGAAGAAACUAGUUUACUUGUACCUAAUUAAUUAUGCUAAAAGUCAACCCGACCUAGCAAUUCUUGCGGUCAACACAUUUGUUAAGGAUUCACAGGACCCAAAUCCUUUGAUUCGGGCUUUGGCUGUGAGAACUAUGGGCUGCAUUCGUGUUGAUAAAAUUACCGAGUAUUUGUGUGAUCCUCUUCAGAGGUGCCUUAAGGAUGAUGAUCCAUAUGUUCGCAAGACAGCUGCUAUCUGUGUGGCUAAGCUCUACGAUAUAAAUGCUGAGCUAGUUGAGGAUAGGGGAUUUUUGGAUUCCCUGAAAGAUUUGAUAUCUGACAAUAACCCGAUGGUAGUAGCCAAUGCUGUGGCAGCUCUUGCUGAGAUUCAGGAGAACAGCGCAAGACCAAUCUUUGAAAUCACAAGUGCCACACUUCAAAAGCUCCUUACUGCCCUCAAUGAAUGCACGGAGUGGGGUCAAGUUUUUAUAUUGGAUGCCUUGUCAAGAUACAAAGCAGCUGAUGCUCGAGAAGCUGAAAACAUUGUAGAGAGAGUUACUCCACGUCUACAACAUGCAAAUUGCGCUGUUGUGCUUUCAGCGGUGAAGAUGAUUCUUCAGCAGAUGGAACUCAUUACUAGUACUGAUAUUGUUCGGAAUCUUUGUAAGAAAAUGGCCCCUCCACUUGUAACCCUUUUGUCUGCAGAGCCUGAAAUACAGUAUGUUGCCCUAAGAAAUAUCAAUCUGAUUGUACAAAAGAGGCCAACUAUUCUGGCGCAUGAAAUCAAGGUGUUUUUCUGCAAGUACAAUGAUCCUAUAUAUGUCAAGAUGGAGAAGUUAGAAAUUAUGAUCAAGCUUGCUUCAGACAGGAAUAUUGAUCAGGUCUUACUGGAGUUUAAAGAGUAUGCCACAGAAGUAGAUGUAGAUUUCGUUAGGAAGGCUGUUCGUGCAAUUGGCCGAUGUGCCAUAAAGUUAGAGAGAGCUGCUGAACGCUGCAUCAGUGUCUUGCUGGAGCUGAUCAAGAUUAAAGUAAACUAUGUAGUUCAGGAGGCAAUUAUUGUCAUUAAAGAUAUAUUUAGAAGAUACCCUAACACUUACGAGUCCAUCAUUGCAACCCUCUGUGAGAGCUUAGACACUUUAGAUGAACCAGAGGCCAAGGCUUCAAUGAUUUGGAUCAUUGGUGAAUAUGCGGAAAGAAUUGACAAUGCAGAUGAGUUGCUUGAGAGCUUCUUGGAAAGUUUCCCUGAAGAGCCUCCACAAGUGCAGUUGCAAUUACUAACAGCAACUGUCAAGCUUUUCCUGAAGAAGCCAACAGAAGGACCACAGCAGAUGAUUCAGGCUGUUUUGAAUAAUGCUACUGUUGAGACCGACAAUCCCGAUUUGCGUGAUCGUGCUUACAUAUAUUGGCGUCUUCUUUCAACCGAUCCCGAGGCAGCUAAAGAUGUUGUAUUAGCAGAAAAACCUGUCAUCACUGAUGAUUCAAACCAGCUUGAUUCUUCUCUUCUUGAUGAACUUCUUGCAAACAUUGCAACUCUAUCAUCUGUGUAUCACAAACCACCAGAAUCAUUUGUAACUCGUCUUAAAACAGUAUCCCAGAGAGCCGAGGAAGAUGACUAUCCUGAGGGAAGUGAAUCUGGAUAUCCUGAAUCCCCUGCACAUCCUGUUGAUGGUGCUGCAUCACCUUCAUCAAGCUCGGGAUCCAGGCAUCCAGCAACUUCACCACCAGUUGCAGCAGCCCCAGCUCCUGUUCCUGAUUUACUUGGUGAUCUGAUAGGCCUGGACAAUUCAAAUUCUCUUGUCCCAGUUGACCAGCCUGCACCAGCUGGUCCUCCUUUGCCAGUGUUGUUGCCUGCCGCCAAAGGUCAAGGUUUACAAAUCAGUGCAGAACUUACACGGAGUGAUGGACAAGUAUUCUACAGCAUGCUGUUUGAGAACAAUACACAGUCAGUCCUUGAUGGGUUCAUGAUCCAGUUCAAUAAAAAUACAUUUGGGCUUGCAGCUACUGGACCUUUGCAGGUUCCACCAUUGCAUCCUGGGACAUCAGCAAGGACUCUUCUCCCCAUGGUUUUAUUUCAAAAUGUUGCUCCUGGUGCUCCAAACACUCUCCUCCAGGUGGCUGUAAAGAACAACCAGCAACCAGUUUGGUACUUCAGUGAUAAGAUUUCAUUGCAUGUUCUCUUCACUGAAGAUGGCAGAAUGGAACGUGCAACCUUUUUGGAGACGUGGAAAUCUCUUCCUGAUUCAAAUGAGGUAUUGAGAGAAUUCCCUGGACUUGUAAUUAAAAGCAUGGAAUCAACUCUUGACAAAUUGGCAGCCUCAAACAUGUUCUUCAUAGCAAAAAGGAAAAAUGCAAACCAAGAGGUGUUGUAUCUCUCAGCCAAGAUUCCUAGAGGAAUUCCAUUUUUGAUUGAACUGACUGCGGCAGUUGGAGUUCCCGGAGUCAAAUGUGCAAUCAAGACACCAAGCCCUGAAAUGGCACCUCUCUUCUUUGAAGCACUCGAGCAUUUUCUCCAGAGCUGAAAAAUAUUUUCAUUUUCAUCCUCAUAACCCCAUUGAAGAAUAUCUGUAUACUUGUAACCAUUAUUGCCAGGUCUUGGGCGGUUUUUCAUCUCUUUUUCCUCCUGCAUGCCAUCGUGUUUGUGCUGGUUUCUGAUUAGUUAAAUCUAGUUUUCCGGCAAAUUUUUGGGGUUUGUAAGAUGAGUUAUAAUUCUCUUUUAUGUCAAAUUUAUUCAUUUUAACAAAGUGUGUAGUUUGGUUGUUCAAGAUCUUUAAUUUUCUUUACCUCAAACUUUAUCUUCGAGGUGUAUUGGUUAAUUGGUUACCAUUUAUAAAACAUGUAUAGUGUCUAAACUCUAAAGACUACUCAUCUUAUUAAUGUAACUUCUUUUUUACA